UUGUUAUGUAUCCUAAUUCGAUACAGGGAGAGAUUUUCUGACGGCCAUCUCGAUGGCUGAGAAGGGGAAAACAUAUAUGGUUGUCGCCGCCAUCGACUUCGGCACGACGUACAGUGGAUACGCAUUUUCCUUUCUGAGUGACUAUAGAAGAGACCCUCUUAGUGUGUACACCAACACACGGUGGGAGAAUGAGGGGGAUGGAACCUUUAAGACACCCACUACCAUUCUCUUUGACGAACAGGAGCGUUUUCAUUCCUUUGGAUACGAUGCCGAGAAAAAAUAUGCUUCUUUGGCGUCUGAAAACGAAGAGGACGAAGAAGGAGAGGACGAUUUGGAAAAGGAGAAUCAUCAAAAUUGGUUUUAUUUUCGUAGAUUUAAAAUGAAAUUGUUUAAGGCUAUAUCUCAAGGAGGGAGACCAAGGGGUAAACGAAUCACAGAAGAUAUGCAGCUUACUGCUCAAAAUGGAAAUAAAAUGUCUGCAAUCAAAGUAUUCUCCGGGGCAAUACGGUUCUUGAAGGACCACUUGGACAAAGUUUUGGUAAAGCAGCUUGAAAGCAAGGAAAAGAGCGGGAAAUCUGUAAAGCAGACGUCAUGGGCAGACGACAUACGUUGGGUUCUCACUGUCCCUGCCAUCUGGUCAAACGAGGCCAAACAGUUUAUGAGGAGAGCCGCCGAACAGGCUGGUAUUAAAGGGGAUCAGUUGAUUUUAGCCCUAGAACCAGAAGCAGCGGCGAUAUUUUGCAAGCAGAUUGCACUGAGCAAGCAAAAUGACGAAUCGGAAAUCAGUGCAUAUCAACCUGGGAAGAAAUUUAUGGUGGUUGACUGUGGGGGUGGAACAGUUGAUGUAACAGCGCAUAAAGUGGUCGAAGAUGGAUCUCUAAAGGAGCUCCAUUGCGCCACUGGCGACGCUAUUGGCGGUACAAAUGUCGACAGAAUGUUCUUUGAUGCCUUAACUCAAUGGUUAGGGGCCGAUGUUGUAAAUCAAUUUAAACGGGAAAAUGCUGCCGAUUGGUUAGAUUUGGAGAAAAAUUUUGAAUCCAAAAAGAGAGGUAUCGGUCGAAAUGAAGAAGAAAACGUUACCUUCUCAAAUUUGGGAGAACUUUGCCAAAAAUAUAAAUCACGAUCGGGUAAUUCAGUCAAUUCUAGAUUUGCUGAUCUUAACAUGCAGAAAAGUGUAAAAGUUUUUAAGGAAAACAAGUUUCGAUUUGAAUCCUCGUACCUAAGGGAGCUUGCGUUUGAUGGACCCAUCAACGCAGUGAUUAAUCACUUAGAACGACUUUUUCUGAACCACACAUUGUCUGAUAUCGACACGAUCUUGUUGGUCGGAGGGUUCUCAGAAUGUCCUAUACUUCAACAAAAAAUCAAAGAUUCUUUUCCAAACAAAAUAGUAACUAUUCCACCAGAGCCCAACUUAGCUGUCUUAAAAGGCGCAGUCAUAUUUGGACACAGUCCGAAAAGCAUUUCGCAAAGACUAAGUCCAAGAUAUUACGGUAUCGCGACCAACGUUCCAUUUGAAAGAGGAAAACACCCUGAAAGUAACUUGAUGCAUAUUGAUGGCGCAGAUAUCUGCACUGAUGUAUUUAAAUGUAUGAUUAAGAAAAAUGCCCCUCUUACUCGCAUCCAGAAAACAUUUACCCCUUCUACUGAAUAUAGCCGCUAUGCAAAUAUUGAAAUCUAUGAAUCUGACUCUAACGUUUUCUUUUGUAACGACUCUGGAUGUCGUAUGCUGGGUAACAUUGUUGUAGAGAUUUCAGAAUGUUUAGGCAAGGACAGAAAACGGGAAAUCGACGUUUCCUUGGAAUUUGGAUCCACCGAACUGUAUGUUGUUGCCCAAGACAGAGACACGAAGAAUAUCCAGAGUGCGAAGUUUGAAUGCCUGAAAAAAUGAAACUAGGUCGAUUAUUUUGUUACGUGUAUAUUUUGACAUAAAUAUUUCCUGUCUUCAUUAUACACUCUCCAAAUAUACAUGCAUAUCUAAUAUAAUUAAUAUAUCUAUGUCUUAUGAUUGUAUUUGUGUAAUUUAU